AUGGUUCUUCGAGUCUGCAGACUGACAGGAGGUUGGUCAUGUGAACGGAUCAGUGAUCCAUUUGGAGACCGUGUGAACACGCUUAAGAUGUAUGCCAUUAAGCCUGAUGGCCAAAUCAUGGAGAAAAUUGGCGUUUUCAUCUUGAUUCUAUUUCUGCGAGUUUCGAAAGAGAGAAUUCAAGCCAAUCCAGGUUGCGAGAAUAUCAAAUACUCUCAUGUCAUGACGUUUGACAAUCGACUGUUUUCAAGGUGGUUGUUUUGGACAAAACCAUCAGUGAAUAGAAAUGAAUGUGCCACCUUCUGUCUCCAAGAGAAAGCCUGCGUUGCCUUUCAAGUGAAUUCAGGAGGAUCAGUCUGUAGAGGCUACGCCGUCGCCUUUAACGAGAACUCCGAAAGCGAAUCAGCCCCGGGAUAUAUGCUGUAUGUAUCGGAGAAAGCUCAAGGCUUCAUUGGAUCUUCGUGUCAGAACAACACAGACUGUUACUUGGCUAGCUCCGUCUGUGUCAACUCCGAGUGCAUGUGCGACCCUGGACUGGCAUUCUCACCUCAACAAAAGGCUUGUGUUUCAACCUGUACAGAGUACGGUCCUCAUUACACUACAAUCCGUGGCUACUAUAUCGGCAACAACAACAUGGCUACCUACACCGGGGUGACUGAACAACAGUGCAUGGACCACUGCACCAAUCACGUCGCCUUUGUCUGCAGGACAGCUGAUAGGCGUGCCUCUGACGGGAGAUGUGACCUCACCACCCAUACUCUCCUGACUGUUGCCGCAUCAGACUACACAAUAGUAACGGAUCGUACAAUUAUGUCCCAGUUUUCCAGAGAUUGCAAAGCCUGAUCCGAGAGUUGAGCAGCUGUUCAUCCCACAAUGACUGCAUCUCGUGAUGAUAAAAUCUGACCAAUGAGGCGCUGGAUUUCCAGACGAGCCUUUUUCAAGUCAACACUGUCUGAAGUGGAGGAUGGGAACAUGGCUGCCACGUGACCGACGCCUGCAACACAUUAAAGGAAUAAUAUGUUCAGUAGUCCUGGUAAUAAGAGCAACAAGAACUCUAUGCACAGGUUAUACUAUACCAAAUGAGAAUCCGUGAUUUGUCUUCACUGCAGACUGAGUCCUAUGGCAGCUGUGAUUGGAGGAUUUUUUGAUUAUUCAGAAUGUUUAAUUUGUAAAUGUACAUCCAUCCUGUAAUUUAAACUGACCAUAUUUUUAAUAUUAAGUGCUGCUUUUUUUUACAUGAUGACUUAUGCUAAAUAUGACAACAGGAAUUUUCAAGCGGUUUGUUUGUUUGUCUAGCAGGUUUGUUUAGCCUCCUUAACUCGGAAAAAAACCUGGCUGAGUUUGUCAUUUUUUAUAUUUUCAUUGUUCAUUAAGGCCGGACUAUGAACACAAUUGCAUAUAAUAGCUGCAAAUGGCUUAGUUAAUUUGAAAAAUAAAUUAAAACGUUACUAUAGAAGUCAAUGGAAAUAUUUGGUUUUGUGUAACCUAUAUAUCCUAGAAGUUUCAUGCACCCUGACACCAUGGUCAAGUUCUAUAAGACCACCUAGUUGAUGUUCUUCGUCUUUCCAUGUGUAAGAAAUAUUCUACAUUAUAGAUCUAAAACAUAUUCAGUUUCGUAAAAAAAUCCAGCCCAGAAUAGCUAAAAGGUAAUUCUUUAAAAUAAAACUAUUUUGCCAUCCA